CAGGCACCGGGAGUCUCCUCCCCCGGCCCCUGGAGGAGCAUCUUCUCCCUCUGACGUCAUGACAGCAGCAUCAGCUGUUCGCGCCGCCGCUCGCCUCUCCGCCGCCGAUCGCCUCCUCCACAAAGGAAAUAUAUGAGAUCCCCUCCACUCCCUGACAUGGCGACACAGGAGGUACAGCUGAACGAGACUCUGGCCCACCUCAAGACGGAGUCGGACACGCUGAAGUCCAAGCUGGAGGAGGAGAGAGCGAAGCUGCACGAUGUCGAGCUGCAUCAGGUGGCAGAGAAAGUGGAAGGACUGGGUCAGUUUGUCAUGAAGACUCGCAGAACUCUGAAAGGACACGGAAACAAAGUGCUGUGCAUGGACUGGUGCAAAGACAAGAGAAGAAUCGUCAGCUCCUCACAGGAUGGAAAAGUCAUUGUGUGGGACGCUUUCACCACCAACAAGGAGCAUGCUGUGACAAUGCCCUGCACCUGGGUGAUGGCCUGCGCCUACGCUCCAUCUGGCUGCGCUGUCGCUUGUGGCGGCCUGGACAACAAAUGCUCGGUGUAUCCUCUUUCCUUGGACAAGAACGAAAACCUAGCUGCGAAGAAGAAGUCAGUGGCCAUGCACACAAAUUAUCUGUCUGCUUGCAGCUUUACCAACUCAGACAUGCAGAUCCUGACAUCCAGCGGUGAUGGAACAUGUGCAUUAUGGGAUGUUGAAAGUGGGCAGCUGUUGCAGAGUUUUCAUGGACAUGCAGCAGAUGUACUCUGUCUGGAUUUGGCCCCAUCCGAGACUGGAAACACAUUUGUUUCAGGGGGCUGUGAUAAGAAGGCUAAUGUGUGGGACAUGCGCUCAGGCCAGUGCAUUCAGUCCUUCGAAACUCACGAGUCCGACAUAAACAGUGUGCGGUACUACCCCAGUGGAGAUGCUUUUGCUUCUGGUUCUGAUGACGCUACAUGCCGCCUGUAUGACUUGAGGGCAGACAGAGAAGUGGCUAUUUAUUCCAAAGAGAGCAUCAUAUUUGGGGUCUCCAGUGUUGAUUUCUCCCUAAGUGGCCGGCUACUAUUUGGUGGCUACAAUGACUACACCAUAAAUGUUUGGGAUGUGCUGAAAGGAACACGAGUCUCUAUUCUGUUUGGACAUGAGAACCGUGUCAGCACACUGCGUGUCUCCCCUGAUGGAACCGCCUUCUGCACAGGGUCCUGGGACCACACUCUUCGGAAAAUCCAGCUGUUAAGUGCCCCUUUUGCUGCUGAAAUGAGCGAUGUUGUGGAGAAGACGCUGACAGCUCUGCCGAGCCUCCUCUCUUUUGAUACCCAGCCUGGGUCAGCAAGACUGUCUUCCAACUCUAAACUAGGAAACCUAAUAAGAGGAAUUACUGAACUGACGUCCAAACAUGAGGAGGAGAAACUUAUUCAACGUGAGCUGUCAUCCAUCAAAGAACAGGUGUCCUCCCCCAACACAACCAUGAGACAGAUGAAGGAGCUUAUGGUGAGAACAAUCUACUGCGAGAUGCUGGGCUACGAGGCUUCCUUCAGCUAUAUUCAUGCUAUCAAACUGGCUCAACAAGGCAAUGCUUUGGAGAAGAGAGUUGGUUACCUUGCUGUUUCCUUGUUUCUGAAUGAAAGCCACGAGCUUCUUCUUCUCCUGGUGAAUACAGUGUUGAAGGAUCUUCAGAGCACAAACCUUCUUGAAGUGUGCAUGGCUCUCACUGUUGUCAGCCAGAUGUUCCCCAAAGAUAUGAUACCUGCAAUCCUCCCUUUGGUGGAGGAAAAGCUUAAUCACCCCAAAGAAAUAAUUCGCCGAAAAGCCGUCCUGGCUCUGUACAAGUUCUACCUGAUUGCGCCAAAUCAAGUUCAACACAUCCACAACAAGUUUAGAAAAGCUCUGUGUGACAAGGACCCCGGUGUGAUGUCAGCCUCUCUGCACAUCUACUUCCAGCUGAUCCAGGAGAAUCCAGAUGCUUACAAGGACCUGACGUCAAGUUUUGUCACCAUACUGAAACAGGUGGUGGGAGGAAAGCUUCCCAUGGAAUUUAACUAUCACAGUGUUCCUUCUCCAUGGGUUCAAAUGCAACUCCUCAGAAUACUGUCCUUGCUCGGGAAAAAUGAUCAGAGCACAAGUGAGAUGAUGUAUGAAGUCCUUGAUGAGUCUUUGCGAAGAGCAGAGAUGAACCACAAUAUCACAUAUGCAAUUCUGUAUGAGUGUGUAAAAUGUAUUUACACAAUUCAUCCCACAUCCGACCUUUUGGAAAAAGCUGCAAAAUGCAUUGGGAACUUUGUUUUGUCACGGAAGAUAAACCUGAAGUAUUUAGGCCUGAAGGCUCUCACCUAUGUGGUGCAGCAGGAUCCAAAACUGGCUCUGCAGCACCAGAUGACCAUCAUAGAAUGCCUCGAUCACCCUGACCUUAUCAUCAAGCGGGAGACGCUGGAGUUGCUCUUUCGAAUCACUAAUGCUCAGAAUGUCACAGUGAUCGUUGACAAGAUGCUGGAGUUUCUACGCGUCAGCAAAGAUGAUUAUACAACCAUCGACCUGGUGGGGAAGGUGGCAGAACUGGCUGAAAAAUAUCCUUCCGGAUACAAUAAAUGGUUCAUCGAAACCAUGAACACUGUAUUUUCCGUUGGCGGAGACACGAUGCAGCCGGACAUCCCGAACAGCUUCCUUAAGCUGCUUUCUGAGGGAUUUGACAGCGAGGAGGAGGACAGGAAGUUGAGGCUCUUUGCUGUGAAUUCGUACGUUUCUCUGCUGCAAGGGGACUCCAGCAAGCUGCCUCAGCGUUUCCUCCAAGUCAUCUGCUGGGUGCUCGGGGAGUACUCUCAUCUUCGGGAAGAUCUUGACCCAGCUGUGGUCCUUAAGCUGCUGUCCAGGGUGCUGGACUUUAAGAACAGCAGCAGUGAAACUAAGAGCUGGGUCCUCAUGGCAAUGACCAAGCUCUGUCUGAGGGGAGCUGCUUCUUCUGUGGUUCAAAGUGUUUCCGAAGCAUACGAGAGCUCCCUGGAUACUGUUCUGAGACAAAGGGCACAUGAGCUGCAGCACCUCAGCCAGAACUCUGAGCUACAAACCCGGCUGCUACCUCCAUGUGAGCGCCUGGAGCCUGUGGAGGUGGAUUCCUCGCUGUCCUUUCUGGAUGGCUUUGUGUCAGAGGCGUUGGCCAUGGGCGCGGCUCCUUACAAACCUCCUCAUCAAAGGCAGGAGGAACUGUCUCGAUCAAAAGUGCUGAGCGUGGAGCCCCGUGGCCUGUCCCUGCCCAUCAGCCUGUCCUCCUGCAGCAUCACAGACAGACAGUCUCCCACCCUGUUGUCCAUGAGCUCUGGUCUGUCAGGGGGCAGCACCGACUUGUCCCACAAAGCCGGGUAUGUAGACCCCAUCCAUGUGCAGGCAUCUGCUGGCUGUUCUGAGUGUGUUUAUGCUCCCACGCUGCUAAGUCCCUGUUUGGGUUUCAGCUCCACAGCGUUGAAGCUGGACGGUGUGAAGAGGGUGUGGGGGAGAGAGGGCUAUCUGGUCCAGAAAGAGCCUAUGGAGGAAGCCGCGCAGGUCGAGGUUCCCAGUCCCCUCCAGCCUCGCAGCCAGCAGGGCCAGGAUGAGGGCUCACACAGCCAGACUCCAUCUGCGACACCCACCCCUGAGUGUGAAGACAACAAACAGCAGCUGGCCUCCUCCCUUUUUGUCGGGCUUUCCUCUCAAAGCUCAGUGUAUCUGAUGGGAAAAGAGUCCACACCCCAACGAUUCGGAAGAAAAGCCAAAUAUUCAGCCGCGUCCAGCGAGCACAUGACCCAAGCGUUGGUCUCCCCUUCCAGUGCCGUGGACACCUUGCUGUGUGAUAGCCCGCUGAACUCUAUAGCCCCCGCAGAACCACUCAUUUCUUCACCUGAACAGACACUUCACUCCUCAGAGGACCCAACUACGGCUAAUGGCUCCUGUGAUCCACAAGUAGUGUUUGCUGACGGUGACACGAAGGAAAGCGGCCCUGCUGUCAGCACUGCAGCUGAUCCUGUCCCCCAUGGAGAGCCGGACGAACCAGAAGACUCGGAUCUCACUCCUGAUCUCCCUGCAGAGCUGUCUGGAUUUUCUCGCUCAGAAAUCACCCCUGUAUUCACCAACCAAAGCCUGGGUCUCUCUGCCUGCCACGUGCAAAAAGAGGAUUCUCUAGUGCUCGUCGUGUUCAUUUCUAACUCCUCUGACGGCACCAUUCAGCAAAUGCUGCUGCAAGUCCAAUGUGAGGACCUUGAGAUAUCAUGUUUGUGUGCCACGCCGGUGGAAGAAGUGCGUAGCGGCAGUGUGGCAGUGUGUCACUAUUCCCUGUCUGUAAAGAGGCCCUCCGUUCACUUUGAACUGGUUGGGUUGGUUUCUUACCAGCUGCCUGUUGGGACGCCUCAUUCUGCACAGUUUUCUUACAGACUUCCUCUAACAGGCUUCAUAAGACCUUUCACGGUGACCACCGAGGAAUACGGGACAAUGUGGCUGGCCUUCUCCCACGACACAAAGCAGAAUCUGACCCUGAUGAGUGAUGACCGGGAGCCUCUCUCAGCCACUCUAAAUGCCCUGAAGGAGAAACUUCAGGUUCAGGUCGUCGAAGUUAUAGGUAUGGAGGGUAUUGUGGCUUGCCGCCUGCUCCAGGAUCAGCCAUGCCUCAUGCACUGUCGCGUGCAUGCCGGCAUGCUGGCUGUGUGGCUGCGCUCUCCAGUCCCCGAGCUGCCCGACUGCCUGCUCUACCACUGUCAGAGAGCUUUACAGGAGCAUUAACCCCCCCCCCCAGCAGCACCACCACUGACAACACUCAGCCACUACAGAGAGGUGCACAGGACAGAGCACCACUCCAGCCGCUGCCGCUUUCUGUGACUUUACUGUACAGCUGUUUCUUUAACUUAAUUUAGAAUUAUUAUUUCGCUGAAUUGCAGAUUAUUGGGAAACAUCGAAAGUCAUGGCAAGUCUAAAGCUCAGGGCUGAAAGAUGAGGUGUUUUUAGAGCAACUUUAUUGUCUUAAAAUAAUUGGCCUCAGCUCGAUGGCUGAAGCCAUUUUUUCCUAGAUUAAAUGAUGAAAGUUGACCUUUCCUUUGUACUUUCCUCCUCAAAGUCACUUAAAAAAACCUACAUCUAUGUCUACAGACUCUAACGGGACUUAAGAUUUGCUUUCUGAAUCAGAAAAACUAAAUAUAAAUUUUCAGCAACACUUUAGAUUUGGGCCUUUCGAGGGCAUGGAAUUAGAGGAUUCGCUUAAAUUCUUACUCUCUUAUCUUAUGUCUUAUACAUUUCUUUGUUAUGGGAAAAGCACAGGACUGUGGAUGUCGAUGAAAGGGAUUGAUGAGCUAUGGAAGUUAUUACUGAUAUUUGCCUGGUUUUUAAAGCUUAAACUUACAGAAAUGCUCCUGCCGAGAAUUUUAAGCUUUCACUGAUGAAGUUUUAGCACAGCAAAAAUACGUUUACAAUUUUUUUUUAACAGUUAGUUUUAUGAUCACACUAACAUCCCUCAUUUCUUUGUCUCAUCUAUACAAAAAGUAGCACCUGCAUUGUUCAUUUGUCAGAAUGAUGCUGUGCAGUUGAUGCCUUCGCUGUGGCAUAAAUAUCUAUGCACUGGUGUUUUUUCUGGUUCGGUUCAGUUUCAGCUGGAAUUCACUGGUCUUUGAUUGAUAUAUUUUUGUAUCAGCUAAGUAUUAAAAACAUAUUUAUUUGUUUGUAUUUUAAAAUGUUUUGCUUUAACAAUCAAAAAAGAAAAUGUGUGCCGUUUGACACCUAUUUGCCCAGUUUGAUUUUUCUGGUGGUUCUUUCCUUAUUUGUUCGAUUCAGUCUGAAGGACGUUAUUUGUUUGUUUUUUCAGUCUUACACGUGUACCGAUUUAAAGCACAGCAUUGUGUUAAAGUUCUGCCAACUCAAUAUUUAACCUUAUGCCUUAUGUUCUAAUGCCAAGAUGGCAUGUUUCAUUUGUGCCUGUGGUACAGAGAUGAGUCCUUGUUUCUUGGAGUGCCUGUCACUACACUCUGGGAUAUUAUGAAUAAAUCUGACAUGUACAAAUCAACCAAAUUCUUAAGAAUCACUCUAUAAGAAAGACUUCUAAUAUAGAAUUUCUGGAUAUUACUUUAUGGUGUGGUGUUAUUAUAGGAUUCUGAU